CUUCCCCACCUUCUCUCUCACUCUACACCACUCUCUCUCUCUCUCUCGAAGUGUGGAAAUGGAUAAAACCGUCGGAGAAUUUUGGAAACCGGAUUUGGUUUUCCGGCCGCCGGAGACGCCGGUGGACCCCAUGGAGUUCCUGUCGCGGACGUGGAGCGCGUCCGCACUGGAAGUCUCUCGAGCCGUCGCGUCGCCGAAGAUGCGUGUCGCCGACGUCCGGAAGAGGGACGACAUCACACUGGUGCCGGAGGAUGACGUGACGGAGGCGCGCGGGGAAAACAACUGCGUCGUUUCGGGAAACCAGUUCUCGUUCGUUUCAUCCGAGACUUCUCAGAUGGUCAUGGAUCGUAUCAUGUCUCAGUCCCCGGAGAUAACAUCGCCAAGGACGUCAGGCAGGCUUUCGCAUAGCUGUGGUUCUUUCUCCGACAGCCCUCCCGUUUCUCCCUCCGACAUCGACGACUUCAAGCAGUUCUACCGCGUAACCCCCUCCACCAACACCCACUUACGCCAUUCACCCUCCGCCGCCGCCGUCUGCGUGGGCGGCAGCGGAGGUGGAGGUUCCAAAACCGUCGGACGAUGGCUGAAGGAUCGGAAGGAGAAGAAAAGGGAGGAAGCCCGGACCCAUAACGCACAGCUCCACGCAGCCGUGUCCGUCGCAGGAGUUGCGGCGGCGGUGGCGGCACUCGCGGCUGCCACCGCGGCUCAGUCGAGCUCUGGCAAGGACGAGGAGGUUGGGAGGACAAAGCUCGCCAUAGCCUCCGCGGCCACGCUGGUGGCGGCACAGUGCGUGGAGGCGGCGGAGGCCGUCGGGGCCGACAGGGAGCAGUUGGCCUCCGUCGUGGGCUCCGCAGUUAAUGUCAGUUCCGCCGGAGAUAUCAUGACGCUAACCGCCGCCGCCGCCACAGCAUUGAGGGGAGCGGCCACGCUGAAGGCGAGGGCACUGAAGGAGGUGUGGAACAUUGCGGCGGUGAUUCCGGUGGAGAAGGGAAUCCCAAUGGGAAGCACAUACGGCAGUGAGUUCGGUCCUGAAGACAGUUUCUUGGGGAUUUGUGGUAUAGAAUUGCUUGCUAAAGGAUGCGAACUGCUCAAGCGCACCCGCAAAGGAGAUUUUCAUUGGAAAAUAGUCUCAGCGUAUGUGAACAGAACCAACCAGGUAACGUUGAAGAUGAAGAGCAAACAUGUUGCCGGGACCAUCACAAAGAAGAAAAAGAAUGUGGUAGUGGACGUGGAGGGAAAUAUUCCGGCGUGGCCAGGCAGAGGGAUGCUCAAGGGAGGGGAUGACGUGAAGUAUUUCGGGAUAAAGACGGUGGAGAGAGGAGUGAUAGAGUUCGAGUGCCGGACCCAAAGGGAAUAUGAUCUUUGGACACAAGGUGUUUCCAGGCUCCUUUCCUUGGCUUCAGACAGAAGGAACACCCUGGUGGCACCCAUCCUUGAUCAUGACCAAUUCAGCAUCAUCCCCAUACAGAUAAGCCUUCAAAAAAGCCACAAUGAUUCCACCGACAAAUCUCCUCAUAGGUUCCCUACGGUCACCGUUCUUGCACAAACAAUACGAGGCCUUCCCCCUAAUCCCCCUCGUCUCGUCAUCAAGCAUGUCCAAAUGGCCAUAGCCCUUAGCCACCAGAUGCCAAGCCGGUCCACGACAUUCUCGGAAAAACUCACGGUGGUUCACCCCGGGCGGCGCGCAGGGCGGAAACAGUGGAUUCCGAGGGAUUUCACCGAGUCCCGACCCGAUUACCAGAACAGGUAGACCGUCUAGGUUAAAUGAGUUGGGCGAAUAGGUUAGGACAGGAGGAGGGGUUUGCUUUCCUCUGUCCAUUCCAUCGACCGGGUCUAUCCCGAUCAAAGCCGAGAACUUUAAGUUGGUCGAGAUGCCGAGCUUCCCGAGGGCGAGGGCGAAGGCCGUUUUGCCGCCUCGGCUGUGGCCGGAUAUUGCGAAUUUGUCGAGAAUUGGGGUUACUUUCGGUGGAAGGAAGUGAGGGAGUCCGAGUGAUAACCAGUCUAUUGUUUCGGCUGUUGAUCUAAUCUCA